UCUCCACAAGGAGGUCAUUAAGUGGAACACUUAACAAGUCAUUGGGUUGAUGCUUGAAAAUAAUAACCUAAACCAUUUCUUUCCCUAUGAUCUCUUCAGAACAUUUCCAACACCUGUACUUCCUCUCUUCACACCACCUCAACCAUCUUCACCCUCCAUUCGUCAUCCCCACCAUUGGCCACUCCAUCACAGUCUCCAACACAGUGCUUUCAAAAUUGAAAUAUAUAGGUACCAUGAAUGCAUCACAUACAUUUGUCAUCAAAGUUUUUACCAAAUAUAGGAAAAAACUUUUCCCCAAACACCCACCUCCACCCCCACCCAAUUGCUGCUAAACAAGCCCUAACCCUAAUCUGAUGGAGAGAAACGAGGCCUGUGAGUUGUCCGCAUUUGCUGCUUUUGACAUGGGGCUUGAGAUGAACAUCGAUGCUGCUGUUCAUGCUGUUCACGACACUACCACCUACCAACCCACUCUUGAACACCAACAACAAGUUGCACCUCUUGUUAUUGGGUCUGGUUCAGGUUCCGCUUCUGGAGAUCUUGUGGCUGCUGCUCGGUUUGAUUUUCUUAAGAAGAAGCGCAUGCCUCGCUUUCGUCGAAGUGGUGGCUCCGCUGCUGCGGAGCGGCUCUGUCGCCCCUUCACUUCGUUCUCUGCUCCUCCCGCGCCCGGUAUUGUUGAUCAAGGAAGGCUGGCAUUUCUCUUCAGCAAGAAACUCCAAAAGAGCGAUGUGGGUGUGCUAAAACGAAUUGUGCUACCAAAGAAAGCAGCGGAAACACACCUACCUGCCCUCGUUGCCAAGGAAGGAACUGUUUUGGAGAUGGACGAUCUCGACGGCAUGAAUGUGUGGUGCUUUAAGUAUAGGUUCUGGCCAAACAACAACAGUCGGAUGUAUGUUCUAGAGGGCACUGGGGAUUUCACCGAGGAUCAUGGACUGCAAGUGGGUGAUUAUAUCAUGUUGUAUCGCGAUACAGUUAGUCUCAGCUAUGUGAUACAAGCUUUGAAAGCUUUUGAAGUUCAGGAAUAUGCAAAUAAAGAAGUGAAAUCAAACCUGAGUGACGUGGCAGCACCACCAAAUAUAAAUGCUAAUGGUGGUUUCAUGAACCAGAACUCCUUGUGGAGUGGUCUUGAUGGUGACCUAAUGAACCCCAUUAACUACCCCAUGAAUGUCCCUAGCAUUGAGGAACAAUUGGGUAUGACUUUCAUCUAUGAUACAACCUACUCCAAUGACAUCAUGUCUCCCCUUGACUGCUUGGGUGGAUUCAUGACAAGCUACCCUACGCCUCAACCGAACUAUGCAAUUGACAACCUCUCGUUUGAUGAUCUCUACAAGAUCUAGUUGGUAGAUUUGAUGUUGUGUGUAAUAAUAAAUGUGUGCAUGUAGACGUACGAAAUAAGAAGCCGAGCAUGUGAAAAACUCGGUCUAUGUUGUUGCUUUUGUGUCGGUAGUGCUUUCCUUUGGAUAUCCAGCCUACAUGAACUACUUGAAUUAGGGUUUAAAUGUUUCUGUACAAGUAUUAAGACUAUUGUGUGCAUGUUUCUUGGAAUGUUAAUCAAGUGAUCAUAUGGUGCUUGCAUCUUUUGAUCAUGUUAUUUGCUUGUUAA